AAUCCAGCGAAGUCCCCAAUUCAAUUGUUCUCUGGUUUUCGAUCUGUUUCUUCUUCAUCUGGGUUAUCUGAGGAAGUUCAGAACAUGGCGAUUCAGCGGUUGGGCGGUGACGACGAUCCCAUCAUCAGCGUCGUUGCGGAGCGGUUCUGUCUACCCUACGCGGCGGAGCUCCUCGUCAAGAAAAAGGUUCAGGCUUUCUCUAACGCACACUACGACGUGUACGACGCCACUGGAAAUAUCCUCCUUCAGAUUGACGGCGGCGUCUGGAAUCUCAAGCGGAAAAGGGUCAUGCGUGAUCCGGCCGGUUUACCGGUCCUCACAAUGCGGGAAAAGGCAUUUACAUGGCGGCACCAGUGGCUGAUCCAUCAAGGGGAAGGAUCGGACAGCAAGGAUUUACUCUGCACCGUGCAAACGUCGCACGCCCUGCAGAUCAAGAGACGGCUUGAUGUGUUCUUGGCCGGAAAUCAGACCAAAGAUUGUGACUUCCAUAUAACCGGAAGCUUGUCUUCCCUGUCUUUCAAAGUCCACAAAGGCAACUCUGUCCUCGCAGAGGUACUAAUUCAAAGAAUCAAAAAGCCCUUACUCUUCAAAAAUGCAAAAUCUCUGUAUUUACACUGUCUUCAUGGGCCUUAAGUAUUUCUUCAUCAAUCUUGAAUCCUUACUGAUUUUUAAGUUUUGGGUACCAACUCGAUUAGGCUUUGAUGAAUCUCUGUAAUGUUUGAUUCUUCAGGUUAUUCAUAAUUUUACAUGGGGAAGCUUUUGUAAGGGGAAAGAUAGCUUCACGAUGAGGGUGCAGCCGGAUGUCGACUAUGCCUUCAUUGUAGCAUUAACGGUGAUUAUUCAAGAAAACGACAGUGGGUAGUGGAUGAUUCUUUUUGUAUCAAGUUUUCCUUUUGAUUGUUCGAUUUCGAUCUAAAGCUUUGUUAUGUUUCUAGGAAGUUCUUGAUCCGUGAAGAGGCACAUGUAUUGAGUAUUGUUCACCUAGAAAGGGAACCAAACUUUUUCAAACCUAAUAAACCUUCAUAUUUUUC